AUGGUGAACUGGAGGAUUAGGCAAGAAUGGGAGGAAUACAAUCUCCAAAGCUCAUACACUGACAAUCCAUGUAUGUUCUCGAUACGAUUGAACAAUGGUGGAGUUUUUACGAAGUUUCCAGGCCGCAAAUACAUAAAGGGGAAGAUGAAAUAUAUUGAUGGCAUUGAUAGUGACUUGUUCUCGGUGCAUGAUAUGGACGAGAUAAUGGAAUUGCUUGAUUGUGUGGAACCAGGUAAAAGUAUUUAUUAUCAUUUCAAACGACCAACUUGGGAUUUAGAUUUUGGGUUGUAUGCUUUGGGUUGUGACGAAGAUAUAAACCACUUUAGGUCAUACGUGUAUGAACACAAGGUGAUAGAAGUGUAUACAGAGUUUUGGGAAACCAAGCCGCAUACGUAUCAAAUGUCCCCAAACCCUGCAAAGAUAAAGAUACACGAAAUUCCUGAGUCCCUUUGUCAUAAAAGCUUGUUAUUGACAUGGUCAAAUUCAGGGGAUUGUCCUAGUGAAGAAGCCCCUAUUUUUGAGAAUGUAGAAACUAUGGACGAACCCCCUAGUACAUUACUUGAAACAACCUUGGAACAACCCCUUGUUACAUUGAGUGAAACAGUUGAGUCAACCCGUGCCUAUAUACCAAGAAUUGAAAGCCCUUUGACUGAACCAAUGAUAGGAAGCACAUGUCCUAAUGUUGAUGGUUGGGAUGAUACAUUUAAAUGGUGUGAACCUUUUGGUGGGACUCCUAUGGAACAAGAUGAACCAAAUAGUGAAAAAGCAGGUGAAGACAGUCAAGCUAGUAAAGACAGUCAUGAUAGUGAUGACACUAAAGAUAGUGAAUACAGUCAAGAUAGUGAUUACAUAGUUGAUGAAGAUAAUUUGUUAGAUGAUCCAGAGGUUGAUAUGAAGAACUUUCACCUCAACAUUGACAAAGAGGUGGAGUGGGUUGGAAGUUUUCCUGAUGAUCGAGAUGAAGCAGUAGAAGGUGAUGAAGAAUUAGAGGUUAUAAACACUGAAGAAUUUGUAUCUGCAUCUUCAUCAGAUGAGGGUGAAGCUAGUAAAAAAAGGAAGAAGAUAAGAGAUUUACGAAGAGCACAUUUUACAUCCACCAGACUUUUAGCACAGCCAAGGAAGUUAAACAACAAAUUUAUCUUCAUUCCAUACAGAGUAGAAGGGAGUUACUUCGUCAAGAAUGACAAAAAUAGGAUUAGAGUGGUUUGCAAAGGGACAAUACCAAACCUUGGGAUAUUAGAAACAGGUGGGACCAGCAAAAGUAAUGACAAAGUGGGACCAAGUCAAAAGAAAAAGAAAGUGAAAGAUGGUUCUAUUCAUAAAUGCCCAUGGGUCCUACUAGUGAGUAAGUGGAAAAAAAACAUUAACUGGACUGUUAAGACCUAUGAAAAGCAACAUACGUGCCUUCAAACAAGGAAAAUUAGGGCAUGUAACUACAAGUUUCUCUCUGAACAGAUUGUUGACACAGUGGAGGCAAACCCAGAAAUACCACUUAGAGCAUUACGUGAGAUGCUUGAGAAGAAAUACCAACUUGGAUUGUCAGACAUGAAAGUUCAUAGGGCGAAAACGAAAGCCCUGGAAUCAAUUAGGGGAGAUUUUGCUGCUCAGUACUCAUGUCUAAGAGACUACUUACAGGAGGUGCAGAGUAGAAAUCCAAACACACAGUCAAACUUCAAGUGCAAAGUGAACCAUGUUAUGCAUCUGAGACCAGGGUAUUUGAACGAGUAUACAUUUUCUUGGUCCACUGAAAAGUGGAUUUGCAGCAGGGAAAAGAGAUUUACUAGGGCUUGA